ACGAGAUGAUCCGCAGCGCUGUUAUGCGGUGAAGUUUUGCAGUAGCUGCGACAGCAAAAGUUAACCUACACACGAGUGGCUUUUGACAUUAGUGUCGUCACUGGGUAGAGUGUUGAUGCGAUCAAUAACAUUUUAAGAGUGUGUUCUCCCUCGCUUGUUAUGUGUACUACUUCAUACCGUCGUCCAGUAGCAACAAUAACAACAACAAUAAAAGUUAUAACGAAAUCGUUUAGUGCUGCAGCUCAUCGCUAGCAGCAAAGAUGUCUGGAGAGGAAUGCGAAUCAGGAAUGGAUUAUUCAGAGGACGAGUGUGGCUACGCGGAUUAUUACAAUGACGAGGAUGAUUGCGAAAUGGAGCAACCGGAUCCGACGAAGCGAGAUCCAGAAUAUUUUAGCUACGAGUGCCUGAGUGUGGAAGAAGUGGAACGGCAUCUAAACGUCUCAGUUGAAGCAUUAAGUAACAGCUUGCAGAUAACCCCAUCAUUAGCUAAAGUGCUGUUGCAUACUAACCGGUGGUCAGUGCAGGACAUAGUGAAGAAAUUCGGUGACGAAUCUGUGAACCUCCUGGACCGCAAGUCGUCUGCGUCUUCUACAACGGGGGCGGUGGAUCAGGGACAGAUCCGCACAACCCUACAAGCCAUCCAGUGUCCAGUGUGCUUACUAACGCAGCCGCAUGAUAAAUUUAGCGCCCUUUCGUGCGGUCACAAGUUCUGUAAGGACUGUUGGUCGGUGCACUUUGAGGUGCAAAUACUGCAGGGAGUUUCGACAGGCAUUGGCUGCAUGGCGAAAGACUGUGACGUUCUCGCUCCAGAAGACUUCGUUCUGUCACAGGUCUCACGGCCUGCCACCAGAGAGAGGUACCAGCAGUUCGCGUUCCGGGACUACGUGAAGUCGCACCCGGAGUUCCAGUUCUGCCCCGGGCUGAACUGCCGCUGGGUGGUGCGCGCCAAGGAGCCGCGCGCCAAGCGCGCGCAGUGCUCCAGCUGCGCGGCCGCCUUCUGCUUCCUGUGCGGCGGCGACUACCACGCGCCCACCGACUGCGCGACCAUCCGGCGCUGGCUCACCAAGUGCGCCGACGACAGCGAGACGGCCAACUACAUCAGCGCGCACACCAAGGACUGCCCGCGCUGCCACGUCUGCAUCGAGAAGAACGGCGGCUGCAACCACAUGCAGUGCUACAACUGCAAGCACGACUUCUGCUGGAUGUGCCUGGGCGACUGGAAGUCGCACGGCUCCGACUACUACGAGUGCUCGCGCUACAAGGAGAACCCGGACGCGGCGCAGGAGUCGGCGCUGACGCGCGCGCGCGAGGCGCUCAAGAAGUACCUGCACUACUACGAGCGCUGGGAGAACCACUCCAAGAGCCUCAAGCUGGAGGAGCAGACGCUGCGCAAGAUCCGGCGCCGCAUCGACGACAAGAUCAUGAACGCGGCGGGCACCUGGAUCGACUGGCAGUACCUGCUGGACGCGGCGGCGCUGCUGGCCAAGUGCCGCUACACGCUGCAGUACACGUACCCGUACGCCUACUACAUGGAGGCGGGCCCGCGCAAGGCGCUCUUCGAGUACCAGCAGGCGCAGCUCGAGGCCGAGAUCGAGAACCUCUCCUGGAAGGUGGAGCGCGCCGAGACGACCGACCGCGGCGACCUCGAGAACCAGAUGGACAUCGCCGAGAAGCGGCGCACCACCCUGCUCAAGGACUUCCUGGGAUGAUCACGCGCUGUAGUGGAUUGAGCUGCAGUGGUCUCAGGGAGAGAAGAUUUUAUAGAAGAAACACCACCCACCUGUCUUCACUCGUGGAAUAGUCUUAAUUAUGGAGACGACAAUGACGACGGUGAAGAUAUUGUUGACAGUUUGCUGUGCUUCGUAUGGUGCCUGUGAGAGAUGGAAUGUGUGGGAAACACUGAACGAAAUUGCUCUGGUACUGCAUAACAAAUACUUGUCACAAUGUUGACAGGGGUAGCAGUCUUUUGCUACUAAAGAAGAUAAGUUUCCCAUAAUCAUUUUUUUUGGCAGCUGGAAGAUAGUGUGUCUUACCAAAGAAGGUCCACUUGUUACAGCACCGGCAGAUUCACUCCCUGUGCACCUAUGGAAUGCAUCCUCGGUUUUCAGCCAGUUUCUUUUGCUGUGUUACUUUUAGUAAGGAUCUCGUCAGACGCAGUGUAGUUUCUGUUACUGUUUUGUAUUUUGUUUGCUUAACUAUAAAACCUGAAAAACAUACAUAAUGUGCUUAUUAGACUGUUUAAUUGCCCGAUUACUAUACUUGCUUUCCUAUCUUAGUGUUUUGUGCUGUACUACCAGUUAGCACUUACUGUUAUUGUGACGUUUUACCUCUUACACAGUUACAAAAAGAACUGUGCCUUAGGGCAUUUUUUAUACCAUUUUCGUAUCUCUGUGACUGAUGUCGUCCUGGGGAAAUGAAAGCUUUUACAAUGUGCCAUGUAUGUAGAUCGUAUGUGUAUUGAAGGGGAUUUAGUCUUUCUUUGGAAAGGAAGAAAGUUUUGAGCUGGUGAAAACUGAUAUGAAGAUGCCAUUUUUUGAAAUUGUGUAUUGUAAUUCUAUUCUGCAGCUGGCGCUGUUACUUUUAAUUUAGUGACAAUAAUUUUUUACUAGGGACACUUCUGAUUGCAGAUGGCAAUAUUGCCCUCGAGAAUGUAAUUGGGGUAGCUCUUUGUGAUUAUUCACUGGCAGUAGCUUGAAAAAGCAAACACAUCCACAACGGUAUAGUUUAUCAUUCAUAUUUUCGUGUAAGUGGUAUUAUGCAGAAAUAUAAGCUCUGUCAUACAUUACUGGACAUGAGGUUUGCCUGUUUUGUGAAACACUGUUUUUUCCUAAGACCUCUACACCCAUCAUAAGUGAGUUUUGUGUGUUCAUAUCUGUGAGACGUGAACUUGUUUUAAGUGAUGACUAAUCUGUGAACAUUUGUUUUGCAUAACAGGCAGUCAAAAUGAUGAAUAUGCAUUUUACAUAUUGUUAUUUUCUUCGCUGUGGUCUUUAUUAUGAAGAAUGGUUCGAUGCAGCUCUCCGUGCUAUUCUAUCCUGUGCAAGCAUUUCAUCUCCGAAUAAAUACUGUAACCUUCAUCCUUCUGAAUCCGCAUACUGUAUUCAUCUUUUGGUCUCCCUCUACAAUGUUUAGACCCCACUCUUGCCUCCAGUACUAAAUUGGUGAUUUCUUGAUGUCCCAGAAAGUGUCCUACCAUACAGUCCCUACAUCUAGUCAGGCUGUGUCACAAAUUUCUUUGCUCCCCAGUUCUAUUCAGUACCUCCUCAUUAGUUACGUGAUCAACCCAUCUAAUCUUCAGCAUUCUUCCGUAGCACCAAAUUUCAAAAGCUUCUAUUUUAAUCUUGUCUGAACUGUUUGUUGUCUGUGUUUCACUUUCAUACAAGGUUAUAAUCAACCAGAGUUUAUCUUGCCUGACUCAGAUUGGGAGAAGAUGAAUAUUUUUGGGCCAGCAACUAACAGUAACCACCGAGGAAAAAAAGAGAGCAUAUUUAAGUAAUUUAGACUUUAGUAUUAUUCUUUAUUCUAAAAAAUCAAGAGGGAAAAUUUUUUAUUAAUGUAUCAAUAUCAGGUUCAAAGUGGUUGCAAUUACCAGGGUGUUCCCGAGGUGUUCCAUCUGAGAUUUUGGUUCUAUUUUUAUUUUUUGUGUGCUUUACCCUUGAAAAUAAAUGUUCACAAACAUAUGUGCUUCCAAACAAAUACGACAUGUAAAUGCACAACUGUGCACCAAACAAUAUUUAUCUCUGAGCAGGUAUGAUUCAUAAAAGUCCAACAAAGGUAUGUGAUCAAAUUUUUCUUUUAGUUGGGUAUCAGACUGCAAUUCGAUACAGUCCAUCUGCAGAUCUGCUGUCAGUGUUUGUAAUAGGUGUCACAUAAAUACAAAAUAUUUAUUUUUUUGAAAAUCCUGAAAUCGAUUUUAAAAAUCUUACAUCGUACAAAAAAUGUGGCUGCGUAUUUCAAUCCAUCUUUGAGAUUAUGUUUGGCCAGCAUGUUGAAAUGGAAAAAAAAUUGUUUGCAUUUACAUGUGCUUACCACAAUUUCAUUUGGAAUGAUUUUAUUGUUUGAAACAGUGUAUUGAUACCUGUUUAAGUCAUUUAAGUCAGCAGUCAAAUCUACCAAAAUGCUAAGUUUGUCAACCAGUUGGCAUCAUCAAGUUCUGGCGAAAUCUUUUUAACACUUGGUCUUGAAUGAGUGACCUCAUUUCUGUAAAAUACGAAAUACCACCUACUCAGCAUCCGGACUUCUGAGGAAUUCCUGGAAUUGACGAUAAUUCAAACCGUAUACGAAUCCAGUCGGUGGACUAUUUAGUGAAGAAACUGAAUUGAACAAAAGCUCAUUUCUUUGCACUAAUCCUCUGCCAUGGUAGAAAUUGCGCACAGAAGCAAAAAGAUUUCUUGAAAGCCCUUCGUGGAGACAUUCAUGUUCAACUGUGGAUCUUACUUGUAGCAAUGGAAAUGAUAUCAAAUUAACCUGCUAUAACAGGCUCAUGGAACCGUUAGAUAGCAAACAGCAGAUAGCAGCAAUCCACUUGAAGAUUUCUAACUAAUAACGACUUUCUUCAGUAAUAAUAACUAGGAUGGAAAAGGUUCUUUAUCACAACUGUAUAGAAAUAACACAUAAUUUGCUUGUAUGUCAAUAAAUUAAUUUCAUUAUAUGUUUCUAAAUCUCUAAAUUUGCACACGAAACUGACGUAGCCAGAAGAUAACAGACCAGCGCAUCUGAGAUUGGCCAGUGCUACAAACAAGGCUCUUGAGGUUCAAGUACAUCGUGGGAGAAUAGCAUCGUGUGGCAGGAGUUUCAAAUGAAAAUACGUAAUUCAUCGUAACUUAACACGGACUCUCCCCAUCCCUCCCCCCGUCCCCUCCCUCAGUUGUACGAUAGAACUCACUUCUCAGACUGCAGCAGUACUUGCGUCGGUCCACACAACCCGCAGGUUGGACACCUCUGCUCUAGAAAAAUAUGUCCCAAAAAACCUUCCUACAAUUAAAUUUACGUCCAUAGUUAACAGCUUACUCUUUUUGAGAAAUACUUUCCACAGUAUAGCAAGCCUUCAUAUAGUGUGCUCUCUACGUCAUCCAUCUUCAGCUUUAUUGUGCUGCUCAAAUAGCAUAGUUCCUCAAGUUGUAAAGUAAUUCCAUGAGCAUCAUCUAAUUUGAUGUGAUCACAUUGCAUCACCUUUGUUUUACCUUUAUUUAUGUUUCUUUUGCAGUGACUCUUUGAGGCUGUUCCCAUUUUAUUUUUCAAUGGACUCGCAUUCGGGAGGAUGACGGUUCAAUCCCGCGUCCAGCCAUCCUGAUUUAGGUUUUCUAUGAUUUCCCUAAAUCACUCCGGGCAAAUGCCGGGAUGGUGCCUUUGAAAGGGCAUGGCCGACUUCCUUCCCCGUCCUUCUCUAAACCGACGAGACCGAUGACCUCGCUGUCUGGUCUCCUUCCCCAAACAACCUCUACCCAUUCUAUUUUUAAAGUAGUUGUUACACUAGAGAAAAGUUCAACUGGUAACAAGGCCAAAAUAAGUGUUCUGUAGUAAAUAUGCUCAUAUAGUGGAGAAGCGGUAAUGAGCUGUGGACUGUACUGUACCCUAACUGGAACCAUAGUUGUGGCCACUACCGGCAGCCACAAAGUCCUACACAAACUAAAAAGUAAUUCACGCGUUAUAUGCGCAGUUGCAAGUAUGAACAACUGUCAGCUGUGUAAAGGAAUGACAACAGUGAAAAUUUGUGCCAGACUGGGACACGAACCGCGAUUUCUGACAUUACGCGAGUGAUUGCCUUAAAGGUAAAACUGCACCGAGCGGAACUGAAAUGCACGAGAGUGGUGUGGCACGACGCAGCUCUGUUUAGUAUAUCACAUUUGAACCGCAGUGGUGCAACAUUACGUUGCAGAUUUUGUAAGUAAGUCUUUUGGCAACCUCCGAGCAAAAUGAAAAAUGUGCUGUAGGUAUGAUGAUAGUUUAUUUGUUACGUGAGGAAGAACACUAAAUUUAUAUAUGUGAACACUCGUGUUGUGACCUCGGAAACGGUAGCGAGACGGCAAUCUUUUCACAGACAGAUUCGUCAACGAAACUUAAAGCAGAUACCUUGACCGUACUGGGCCCAAAAUAAUUACCGGACACAAAGAUUCGACUGCCUCACGUGGUUGUCGGAGAUGCAGCUUAUUCAUUAAAAGCCUAUUUGAUGAGACUUUAUCCCGGUACAGAAUUAUACAACCAAACGAAAAAAGUAUAAGGUUAUACAGGGUGUUACAAAAAGGUAUGACCAAACUUUCAGCAAACAUUCCUCACACACAAUGAAAGAAAAUAUGCUAUGUGGACAUGUGUCCAGAAACAUUUACUUUCCAUGUUAGAGCUCAUAUUAUUACUUCUCUUCAAAUCACAUUAAUCGUGGAAUGGAAACACACAGCAACAGAACGUACCAGCGUGACUUCAAACACUUUGUUACAGGAAAUGUUCAAAAUGUCCUCCGUUAGUGAGGAUACAUGCACCCACCCUCCAUCGCACGGAAUCGCUGAAGUGUACGAACACUUCGACUGAAAUGUGCAAAAGCUCCAUCGUGCAUGACCCACAUGUUGUGUCGUACUUGUAAAGGCACAUGUUCUAGCAGCACAGGUAGGAAUCCCAUAUGAAAUCAUGGCGGUGAAUCGAGGAAGUACAGUACAUACUGACGAAACUAAAAUUAGCUCUAACAUGGAAAUUAAGCGUUUCCGGACACAUGUCCACAUAACAUCUUUUCUUUAUUUGUGUGUGAGGAAUGUUUCCUGAAAGUUUGGCCGUACCUUUUUGUAACACCCUGUAUACUUAAAAGAAUCUGAAGGGUUUCAGAAAAGCUUUUCAGAAAUAUGUGCCAGAAAUUUAGGAUUUACUAUUGCAGGAUCUGUUUGAGUCCUUGACAUGUAGAGAAUGCUGUUCUUGCUAUCUGGUUUGUCCACAAUUUUCUCGGACAAGAUACAGUGUCGUGUGACAAUAAAGAGAUGCAGUUAUGAGACCUUCCUCGUACAGGGGGCAGUUUUGUAAAUAAUGCUAUCCAGAUACUGGGUAGUGUCAAAGAUUCCCCCACGAGGUAGAUAGGUGUAGCAAAAUGAUGUGGUAAACAGAGGACGUCAUCAAAGAGAGAAUAAGUAGCAAAAAAUUGUAAUAAUAAAGACAUAAUUGUCCGUUAAGCAAAAUAAAAAAAAGCAUGUUAUUUGUAACCAUUUGUACAUUACAUUUACUCCCACUUCCUUGACGUUUUCUUUCCAAAUGUUGCUUUUUCUGGUACUAUUCAUCAAUGUU